AUGACCCCUUCAGACCAUAGUGAUGCAGAACAUGAUGAUGAUAGUGACAGUGAUAGAGAUGACUCUGAUUACCAAUCUGAGGAUGGAACAGAUGACAGCAGUGAAGGGGAUGUUGACAAACCAAAUAUUAAAUGGACUGGAUACAACAAGAAAGUUCCAGUCAUCAUGUUUCAUUCAGAAGCAGUUUUACAGAAUGUAUCUAAGUACAAAAAGGUUGGAGAAUCUGUCCAGCACUAUCAAGAGAACUUCCUUCUAUGUCAAGAACGCUUCCAUAUGGGCUUCAAAUUUGGUAGCACUGAAAGUCGCAUAAUACGUACAGUAUUGUUAGCUCAUGGCUUUCACGAGGUUUCAUCAAAUAAUUCAGACUUUAACAUGCUAUGGACGGGUGGCCACUUAAAACCAUUGACCCUCCGUAACAUGUCUGAAUUCCAGAAGAUUAAUCAUUUUCCCAGAUCUUAUGAACUUACCAGGAAAGAUAGACUUUACAAAAAUGUGCAGAGAAUGCAGCAAAUCAAAGGUUCACGGAAUUUUAAUUUUGUUCCCAUGAGUUUUGUGAUUCCUGCAGAAUACCAAGAAUUUUGUGCUGCUUUCAGUAGAGACAAAGGUCCAUGGAUUAUCAAACCUGUUGCUUCUUCUCGAGGCCGAGGUGUUCAUUUAGUAAACCAUCCAGACCAGGUGCCUCUUGAGGAGAAUCUCAUUAUUUCCAGAUAUAUCCAAAACCCUCUGCUUAUUGAUGGUUUUAAGUUUGAUGUACGGUUGUAUGUAGCAGUAACAUCUUAUGAUCCUCUUGUGAUAUAUUUGUAUGAGGAGGGACUCACAAGGUUUGCAACUGUGAGAUAUGAAAAGAGUAACCGUAACUUGAGAAAUCAGUGUAUGCACCUGACCAACUACAGUGUUAAUAAGAAAAGUAAUGGUUAUGUCAAGAAUGAUGACCCAGAUAUAGAAGAUUAUGGAAACAAAUGGUCUUUGGGUGCAUUGUUACGUUACUUAAAAAGACUAGGAACUGAUACAGCAGCCCUGAUGAUGAAAAUUGAAGAUGUCAUUGUAAAGACCAUUCUCUCUGCAGAACUCCACAUAGCAGCAGCUACCAAAAUGUUUGUAAACAACAAAUGGAAUUGUUUUGAAUUAUAUGGAUUUGACAUUCUCAUCGAUGAUACCAUGAAGCCUUGGAUUCUGGAGGUCAAUUUAUCUCCAUCUCUUGUCUGUGAUAGUCCACUAGAUCUGAAAAUAAAGACCAACCUCGUCUGUGAUCUAUUCAGUGCCAUUGGAAUUGUUUGCCAUGAUCCUAUUUUAAAGAAUUACCAACAAACUCGAAAGAACAGAGAAUUUGCUGCUCAGAUGAAUUGUGGCAGGAAACGUCGGCCAGCUUCAGCAGGAGCAUCUACUUCGUCCAGCCAUGGCAAUCGUACUAGUUAUUUUAGGCGUGGUAUGUCAGGCCUGAACAGUGAAGAGAUUAAAAUUGUUCGCAGAAUCAAAGAAGAAGAGGCAAGAAAAGGAGGAUGGGUAAGAUUGUUCCCAUCUCCUGAUUCAUGGGACCUCUAUUCACCAUUUUUGCAGUUUGCCACAACUCACAACCUGAUGUUACAUCAACGCCUUUAUCCUCACAGGCACAAAACUAUGAUGUACAAAUGUUUGUCUCCGGUUACUUCCCUUGGAUCGCGUGCAAAGAUGGUAUACAAUAAUCUUGCUAAUAGUGUGAGUAAUCUCUCAAAGUUUGAAAAUGAGAACUGUGAAUCCUUUGUGCAGGCUCAACGCCGUGCACUUCAGUAUGAACGGAAACUAGAAGAGCGAAGAGUCAGACCCAGGAAAGCGCGACGAGGAAGAAGUAGACGAGCUAAAAAAUCAAAAUCACCUUCUGAAGCAAUUACAAGUCAUGCUAUUUUGGCUGACAAAGUAGCCACAACAUCUUCAUCAUCUCCAACCAAACCAUUUUUCUACUCUUCCUUGGAUGGCUUAGAUAAAGUGAGUUCCAGUUAUUGCACUCUCAGCCGAACAUGUCCGUCACCCAUAGCAGGUAUGUCUGCUUACAGUAGUCAGGCACCAAGUGAAACCUUGCUUGAUUAUUCAAAAAACAAAGCCCUAACCAGCCAAAUAGAUGCAGCUCUGCAGAAGGUGGACAUAAUUGAAAUUCUGGAGAAUGGAGGCAAUUUAAGUCAAUUACAAGCUCGGACAGCAUUUGCACUCUAUUUGAAUAAAGUACAACAGCGACUGUUGAAAGAGGCCACUUCCACUGAAGAAGGGAAUGUUGAUUCCCUUAAUGAUCAAAUGGAUCUGGUUUUACGCUUUUUAAAGCGAGCUGCAGUUAACUUACAAAGAAAUUUUCGUGUAGUUGUGCCUAGUAAGAAACUGCCCCUAAAGGAACGUGCAAGAAUAUUAGCUAAAGAACUGGCUGAAUUUGUGCAGCACUACAAGAAGGAAACUCUACAGUUGAAAAAAACACUACAAAAUGAAAUGAAAGAUGACAUUACCCAACCAAUUAGUGCUGAAGAUUUCAACCGGUUCUUGCAAUAUUCAAAUGAAAGUGAACUGGAAAUGGUCCUGACCACAUAUGCCAAGCUCAAGAAAUCUGCAAGUAUCUUUUUGGGUGAAAGUACGACUGCAUCUCUGGAUGAUUCUCAGAGUUCCAGCAUUUCUUCUACUUCCCCAAAAGAAGGCAAAGUUUCUACUAAUCCCAAGAAAGAAGGUACACACAGAGGAAAGAAGAACACAAGUCCCCCCAAAAAUCCUUCAGAUAUUGCAUUUAAAGGUGAAAUCCCUCCAGGUUUUCACAGAAAACCUUCAUGUCAUCCGUCCACUGGUAAUGUUCCUUAUACAUUGUCUGGUCCUGGACAACAACAGAAGACUUUUGUCAAUAUAUACAGUCAAAAAAUUACACAAUCACGCCCCUCUUCAGUUAUAAAUUUCAAGCCAGCUUCCAGAAUUCCAACUCAGAGACCUGCAUCUGCAUCUAGUAGUAGAUGUCUUUCUGCAGCAACACAAGAUAUUUCAGUUGAUACCUACAAUGAGAGGGCAAUCCAGGAUGCCCUGCAGAAUUUGGUGAUUAAAGCAGCAACUUCGCCAAUAUUCUGCACACAGAGGUACUGGAAUUCUAUCCAGCAAAAUCUGUGA